AAAAGCAGGGAAUCUGCUCUCAGUGUAAACAAGGGGUCCUUUUGAAGCAUUCACAGGUGGGCAGCUGCAACAAUGUGACCCUGAAAGGUGAUAUCAGUUUGGAAAAGACAAUAAAAUGGCUGCUGCACCGUCAAGUUUGGGGGAGCAAAUCUCAGAAGAGCUGAAGUGCAGCAUCUGCCUGGAGCUGUUCACCAGGCCCAAGGUGCUGUCCUGUCAGCACACCUUCUGUCACGACUGUCUAGUGCGCCUUGCUGGGUGGAAAACAACCUUCCAGUGCCCCAACUGCCAUCAGCAGGUGGAGUUGCCACCCCAGGGGGUUGCAGGUUUACCGGACAACCACCUGGUUACAAGUCUGUGUGAGAGGCUGCAAAACCAGGCUACACUGUCAGGGGAAACAAGGGAAGAACCCCAGUCUGGAAACAGGUGCAGUUUCCACCCUACUGAAGUGUUACGAAUGUACUGUAAACAAUGUCAAAUGCCAGUUUGUGAGCAGUGCAUAGAGGCAGCACAUGAUGGCCAUCGUACAACAACAAUCAAAAAAGCUGCUCAGGAAAAGAUUUCUACAGUCCAGGCCUUGAUCAAUGAGGGGAGGAACAUUCUGGAAAGUUACUGUAGCUUCCUUAGAAAUCUGGGAGAGAAAGAGAGAAGACUGAAUGAAAAGAAACAACAGACAGACAAUGACAUCAUUCAGUCUUACUAUGCCCUCUUGGCUGAAGCAGAAGAAAAUCACAGGAAAGACUUAGCGAAAAUACAGACUGAAAGGGACAGAGUGUUGGCAGAUGUCAAUGAACUGUCUGCUGCCUGUGAUCAAGCAGAGCAAGAAAUGCAGGAGGGAGGGGUUGACUUUCUUAGUCAGGAAACCAUUCUAACAGAGGUGGUAGGAAGGUAUAGAGGAAAAGCAGCACCGACUCCUGUACAAACCCAGCCUGCUGUCUUUCAGCCCACAGACACCCCAGUGCUGACUUUAGGACAUAUAUUGGGACUUGUGACAGUCCCUGAGUCUGUCUCAUCUUCUCCAAGCCAAGCAGCAUCUACAGUACCAAAUUCAACACAAGAAGGGCACCACAGGCCAGAAACCUUUGCUAGAGAGGGGUUGGGCACAGACACAUUGGACAUCACAUCUCUCACAUUUCCACCAAUCCCAGCAGCAUCUGCAUCUAUCAAUGAUGAACUACUUCAGGUCUUUUCUGGUAAGAACAAGAAAAAAAGAACAAGAAGAAAAGCACUUACAACUAGCAAUAUUGCAACAGAGGGCACAGGUUAUCACCCUGAUAACCAAAGGCAAGACGGCUUUCAGCCCGCAGACAACCCUGAGCUAGCAUUGGGACAUGCGACAGUCCAGUCUCUCUCAUCCAAACCAAUGAUAGCACCAAGACCAAGAAACAUUGCAGCAAGGGGCACAGGUCAUCACCCUGGUAACCAAAUGCAAGGGAAUCAUCGGCCGCUACAGAACGUGACAUUUGGUGGAUUGGGAUCAGGAACAGGACAGUUCAACAGUCCACAUGGUGUUAUAGUGUCAGAUAAAGAGGUCUUUGUAGCAGACUGUGAGAACUACAGAAUCCAAGUCUUCACCCUGCAGGGGACAUUUGUGAGACAGUUCCCAACAGUCGUGUCAGGUGACGAAGAGAUGUACCCACAUGAUGUGGCCAUGGGAGGGGAGGGGAACCCGUGGGUGGUGGGGAACACAGAGUCAGCUGAGUUUGCAGUGCAGUACACCAAACAGGGCAGGGUAUGGAGGAUACUUAACCUACAGAAGACAGGGAGGCACAGAGGAGUUGCUGUGGACACCAGGAGGAACCACAUCCUCAUCACACAAAUCACAGGAGAUGAGGAAAACCUGAAUGGUGAAGUUUUGGUGUUCAGGCCAGAUGGGACACUUGUAAGAACUGUGGGUCAGGAGCUGGGGAUGGUGUAUCCACAGUACAUCACUGUGGAUGGGGAAGGGAACAUUCUUGCGUCAGACUGGAGCAAUCAUUGUGUCUACAUGUACAAUGAGGACGGACAGUUUAUGUUCUGGUUUGGAGGUGAGGGAAGUGGUGAAGGUCAGCUUUUGAAUCCCCAAGGCAUCUGUACAGACGGGGAAGGUAACAUCAUCAUGGCAGACUGCGGAAACAGCCGUGUGGAGAUGUUUGACAAGACAGGCAGAUUCCUCAAACACAUUGCUACAGACUUGGAGAAGCCAUGGGCUGUUGCCAUGGCAACACAGGGACAGGCGAUGGUGACUGAUACUGUCCGCCACAAAGUCUCCAUAUUUCCAACCAUUUGAACAAAAGUUUCCAUGCCAACCUUGUAACUAGCCCUUUGAACUUGAUACAAUGUACCUUGUAAAUUGUACAUUUUGUGUGUGUACUUCAUCAAAAACAGUUUUCUAAAUUCACUUGUCUUGUAGUCUAGAGCUGAGCUGUAACUGAACAAGAAAUUUUCACUGAAAAUAGCAAAGCCUCUAGCCACUGAAGAAGUUGUACCCAACAAAACUGGUAUGGCAGGCUGAAUAAAGGUUC